AUGGAUGAUGUCUUUAAGCUCUUACUUGCCUCCUCGUCGUUUGUCCUGCUGUUUGGGCUAGCUUCGAAAUACAUCAAGGACAGCCUGCUUCUAUCGGAGCCCUUGGUCUCAGUACUAACAGGUAUAGUUCUUGGGCAUCAUGUACUGAAUGUAUUCGAUACAAAUUACGUAUACUCAAAGAUCAUGAUGUACAACUUCUCAAGAGUCGUCCUUUGCAUUCAGACAAUGACAGUUGCAAUGUCCCUACCAAAGAACUAUGUAUUAGAAAAAUGGCAGUCCAUAUUUGUCCUUGUUGGGAUGGUGGGAAUAAUCAAGUGUUUCUUUUCGUUUUGCCUAGUAUACCUAUUCACCAACUACAACAAGGCAACAUCAUGGUCACUAGCUUCCUGCCUGACUCCCACAGAUCCCAUUCUGAGCUCCAGCAUAAUACAUGGAAAGCUUGCCAUGAAGAUGGUUCCGGAGAGAAUCAGAAUGCUCCUUGCUGCAGAAAGUGGAAUAAACGAUGGAAUGGGGAUCUUCCUUCUCUUCCUCGGGCUUGAUUUACUUAGGCAUGGGCUUAGAAAAGGGAUGUAUCCGUUCUUCAUUGACAACUUGCUCAUCAGAGUGUUUGUAUCCGCAUUGAUAGGCCUUGUUAUAGGCAUCCUAUCAAGGCAGGGCUUGAAGUACUGUUAUACAAAAAGGCUGGCAGGUGUUGAGUCCUUUCUUAUCCACGGUGUGAUUCUGACUGUGUUUUCAAUGGCACUUAUGGAGUUUAUGGGUGGAAGUGAGCUGAUAUGCAUAUUCUUUGCCGGAAUAGUGUUUUCCUUUGACGAGUGGUUUGUAUUGGAAACCAAGAACUCAAGGCUACAGGAAAUAACAGAUACAAUUCUCAGCACCUCGUUCUUCCUAUUUUUUGGAUCGAGAAUAGAUUUCAGCAGGUUUACAUUGUCGAAUGUGAUUAUUUCGCUUACUAUAAUCUUCAUCAGGAGACCUGCUAUAUGCUAUCUGAUGUAUCCACACAUCCCGGAACUGAGAUCUUUCAAGGAAGCUCUGUUUAUCGGCUGGUUCGGCCCAAUUGGAGUAGGAGCGCUAUACUACGCACUCCUCACAGAUAAAAUCCAGGAAACCCUUACAAUAGACUUUGUCAGCUGUACUGUGUUUCUGAGUGUCCUGAUACACGGGCUAACCGUCCCGAUGUAUACCUAUAUGAAGAGAGAAAGGCUGGAGUCCAGCUAUGAGGGCCAAGCCCACUCAGAGGCCUUCUGA